AAAAAAAAAAAAAAGGAAAAACACCAAAAAGCCAUCUUCACUGCUGGCAAAUUUUCAACUAAAUUACUCCGUGUUUCUCCCAUAUGGCAAAAAAAUUGACACGUCAGUCCCAUAUUUCAAUUGAUCACGCACUUUAAAUGCGCGUGUACAAUUUCAACCUAAAAUAUCCUGAUUUGUAAAACAAAAGUGGUCAAAGUUGAGUCUUAAAUUGACCAUAUAGGGUUUUUGUCUUUCAUCCAUUUGCGCCGAUUCCAAAACCCAAACCCUAGGCGCGUGCAUUCCAAACCCCUUCAAAAGCUUUUUCUGUUUAGUUAAAAAACGGUUUCUUCUUAAAAAAUCAGUUGGGUUUUCGAAAAUUUUGAUUUUGAUUGUUGUUGUCGGUGGUGGUUGUGAGGGGCACUUAUGAUUGGUGUUGUCUGAUAGUUUCGCCGGAUAUAGCAUGGUGGCUGUUCAUAGUUUGAUCACUACUUGGAUCGCUGACCUUCUCGCUUGGAUGGGUGGUUGUUUUGGAUGCUGCACUAAACCUACACCAAUUAUUGCGGUGGAUGAGCCAUCAAAAGGAUUGAGAAUUCAAGGGCGUGUAGUGAGGAAGCCUAGCAUUUCAGAUGAUUUUUGGAGCAGCAGCACAUAUGAUUUGGAAAACAGUGCUGUUCAAUCUCAAAGAAGCUUGUCAUCUAGCAGUGCAACAAACCCAACUCUAAAUCAAUGCAGCAGCACCGGUGGUGUAGCCAAUUCAUCUGAUUUUGUAAAUCAGGGUCUUAUUGUCUGGAAUCAGACCAGACUCCAAUGGAUUGGAAGUAGUAGGCCUAGGAAUCAUAUUCAACAAAGUCGAGAGCCCAAAUUAAGUUGGAAUGCAACUUAUGAAAGUUUACUUGGGACCACGAAUCCAUUCCCCCUGCCAAUUCCUCUUCCUGAAAUGAUUGGUUUUCUGGUGAAAGUAUGGGAGCAGGAGGGACUGUAUGAUUGAAGCUAAUAUCAGAGAGAAAAUCGUUUCAGUUUUUUACUUAUUAAACAAUUGUCCAUCUUUGUAAUUUUGAACAUUUAGGAGAAAUUGUAUAUAGCUGUGAGGAAAGGAAGAAACAAAGUGAUCAAAAUGCAGUUUCAAUUUCAUUUGUAUAAUUUCACAAGCCACUGUCCAUACUGUUCUGUUCUCUGUAUUUCAUUUACCCCUAUUUUCUUCCUUUUUGCCAUGUUUAACCUCUGUUGAGCUUCUUUGGUUACGAUUUGAAGUGAACAGAGAAUCUGGUGUCUAGGAUCAUAUUGGUUAAGAAAUUGUGGAGAAUAAACUAAGAGCAGAAACAUAAACAAUGGUGCCAUCCUCAAGACUGCAAAAAGCAGCCUCUGGAAACAUUCUUUGGAAUUGGCAUAUUCAUAUGCAAACGUGACCUAACAGGGUCCAAAAAGAGGCUAUCUUCAUGGCAUCUUUUGGAAAUUCCCUGAAGAACCUGUAAAAAUAUCAAUCAACUAAGACUUCUACAAGCUUAAUCGAGCAGUUCACCAAUAGAGGAAUCAGAGUUGGAAAUGUAUCGUGACAAGAUACGCAAGCAGGCGUUGUUAGGAAAAAAAGAAAUCUAGAAUUCUCUAGUUAAGAUUAGAUGACUCUUUUAUCAUCUUUGUGGGUUUUUUUUUUUUUUUGUUUUUAACGUACGGAGUUUGAAUUCAGGAAUUGGUGUCCAGCUCGAAUAAUUCUAGUUCACGUAAUCAAGAGAUAGUAGUUGAAUUUGUUUAAGCAUUUUAUCAAACUACAAACCCAAAUCAUAGGUAAAUCUCACGAUUUGUAUAUUGAUAUUGUGCUUAUU